UCGCCGGAGCCUGUGCAGACGGAUCUCGAGGGCCACUAUGUCGGGCCUUCGUCCGGCGUCUCGUUCCUGCUGCGGAUUCAGAAGCGGCUGGACCAGUUCGUGUCCUUUCCGCAGGGGUCGUCCAUCUUCACCUUUGGCGAUGCGCCCCUGCCCUAUCUUGACUCUAUGCAGACAGAGGCACCGUACUUUGACCCGACGCUGUACAUGAUGCUGUCGCGGAGUGACACCACGCGGCUUGUGCAGAGGUACUUUGACUUUGCCGUUCCCGUGGACAGGUUCCUUCAUCAACAGACGAUAGAGGCGUGGCUGGAUGAGCUGUAUGAGACCAAGGGCAGGAUGCACAAUCGCGAGGAUGCAUCGACUCGGACGGCCGUCUUGUUCAUGGUAUUUGCUCUUGCCCAGGCGCACAUGAGCCCGCGGCCAACUUCUGAUGAUGCCGACGUCAGUGUCCGAUACUUUCUUGCGGCACAUCAGCUCUUGUCCAGAGAACAGGGAGCCAUUCGCCUUGCAAGCAUCCAAGCCCGACUGCUGCAGUGUCUCUGGCUGCUGUCCGAGUCGCGCAUCAACCACUGCUGGAACCUCUUUGGCACCGCUGCCCGUCUUGCCUAUGCCAUUGGCUUACAUCGAAAGCGUCAUGCAGAUCGCAUCGACCGUGUCGAGGUUGAAUGCCGGAGAAGGACCUUCUGGAGUGCCUAUGCCCUGGAUAACUACCUGAGCAUGGCGUUGGGAAGGCCGCGGACGUUUCAUGAUGACGAUAUUGACCAAGAGCUGCCAUCUUGUGUAGACGACCACCAGAUUCAUGGUGAUAACAUCAGCCCGGGCAGCACCCACGGCCAGUCAGUGAUGCUAGGACCCCUGACCAGGAUCAGAAUGUCUCGCAUCCUGAGCAUGAUUCUCCGCAACGUCUACUCCAUUCACUCCACCUCUCGCAACGACAAGCACGCAUAUGCCACCAUCCACACAAAGGAGCUCGUCGAGUGGCGCGCAGACGUCGCCCACUUCCUCGAUCCCGUGACCAACAUGCCCCUGAUACCCAUCUUCCAGCGCCAGAAGAACGUGCUGAAUCUGGCGUACUGGCAUACCAUGAUUCUCACUCACCGGCCGUUUCUGCUUCGCAACUUUGCGCAGCUGCAGAAUGGGAGUAGGCCGCGGCGUGAUGAUCGCGAGUUUGAGGCUCGAAUAGAGCAGAGUGUUCAUGAAUGCUUGAAAGCGGCCAUGAACAUUACCAAAACUGUUGAUGACAUGUAUCGGGGAGGGCAGCUUUUCCGAGCAUACUGGUUUACCUCAUAUUUCGCCUUUUCUGCUGCAGUCAUUCUCUAUGUCUACACCAUCCAGAAAAGCAACGAGCCCGCGGAAUCAUACUCGGGCUAUCUCGCAGCCGCCACCCGAUGUCAAGACCAGCUGUCGAACCUCGCCGAGGACGGAUCGCUCGUGGCGCGAUACUGUCUCGUGCUAGAAGAGCUUCGUCUCGAAGCGCUCAGACAG